GUUUCUUGUUGCUGAGUAAAAAUAAAAAGCAACAGUUUCAGUUCAGCUUUCAUCAAACGCCACCAAAAACCCGAACAGCGCAAGAUCAAUACCAACUUCUAUAUCACACUGCUUGCCGUUUCUUCCACAUCUCUCCAGCAAAACACCCACCCACCAUCGAUAUGUCAUGCAAGAAUUGCCCCCCCUACAAGAACUCCGAACUGGGCAUCUUCUUUCCGGAUUGCUUCGAACGCGUCAGCGGACAUUGCAACAAGAAGAAUCCCGGCAAUGUCCAGAAUCUGCACAUCCUGGCCCAUCGGGUUAUGCCCAAGUUCUACGAUGGCAUCGAACUGGACUACCUCCACCGCCUGGCUCCCAACAAAUACAUCACGGCCUCCUGGGUACUCAGUCACAUCAGGCCAUCUGGGUUUCGCUUCGGAGGACUCUACACGUUUCGGGUUCAAGACGAUACUAUGUACACCCCAACCAUUAUGGGCGACAUACAUCCCACUUCGCUCGCUGCCAACCUGAACAUCCUGUACUAUCCUUUUCAAUCCCUUCGCAUGGAGGCCGUGCUGCAGAAGGCCAGAGAAACCGCUCCGGUGGAGAGCCAGUAUACGGUCGAGUGGACGAGGCCAUGUGACACGUGGACCGCCAACUUCUACAAUGUGCGGAAUGAAAAUGGACGUUGCACGAUGUCCGUGAUGAGAUCGGUAUCCGCCCAUUGGGCACUCGGCGGGGAACUUCUGCUGGAGUGGAACGAUCCCCAGAAACUGACUCCGGAUCUGGCACUCGCAGCACGUUACUCCCAUUAUAACUACUCAUUGGCUGCCACUGCAUCGAGGCAGGGAUUGGAUGUCAGCUACUGGCAGCGCAUUCAUCCCCAUAUCCAGAUGGCCAAUCUCUUGGCGUGGAAUCGUAAUACCCGAAAGACCAUUGCCACAAUAUGCUAUCAGUGGAACUUCUGGAACUCAGCUGUGCAUGGGAUGUUCGAUUCGGAUGCCUCCGUGGGCUUUAUGUGGACAAAAUAUCUGACGCAUUUGCCACUGCAAAUGGGUUUCAGUGUAGUGAUGAACCUGCCCACAGAUCGAUUUGCCUUCGGCAUGCGUUUUGUUUUGGACCCAAGUGGAUUGAGACGUGGCGAGUAAUUUUCUGUAAUAGUUUUUCUAUGUGUACAACAAAAUUAUCAAUUGCAAGUUCAGCGAAUUACAAAAUUGGCGUUCGGAAA